AUGACGGAACCAACAACUACAGCACCCGAUGGUGGUUGGGGUUAUGUCAUCGUAUUUUGUUCAUUUAUGAUACAUGUUGUUAUCGAUGGCAUUACGUAUUCAAUGGGUAGUGUUUAUUUGGAGAAAAUGUUAGAAUCUGCAAAUUUAGACGCAAAACAUAGUGUAAUUAGUGCAAUAUUUUCUAUCUUACCCGCAAUUUAUAUGUUAUCCGGUAAGUAUAGUCCAAUUGCAACAAUAUUGACGACACGAUACGGGUGUCGCUUGGUGACAAUUACUGGUGCGUGUGUUGGUAGCUUAGGAUUUUUUAUGUGUUAUUGGUAUGAACAUAUUUAUUGGUAUUGGUUAGGAAUUGGUCUGAUUGGAGCUAUUGUCAGCGUAACAAAUUAUUUUGAUCGUAAACGUUCAUUGGCUAUGGGUUUUGCUGUGAGUGGUGCUGGCUGUGGGACAAUGAUUUUCCCGAAAUUAAUGCCAUGGUUUCUAAAACAUUUAAAUGGUUACCGAAAAGGUCUGUUAGUGGAAUCGGCAAUAAUUUUUAGUUGUAUUCUAUUUGGUCUGCUAAUGAAGCCAUUACCAUGGGAACCAAGUGAAAAGAAGGCCGGCAACAAAGAUACGAAAAAUAAAUUAAUUGACUUAUCAUUACUUUCAAAUAUACCAUUCGUUCUAUUUUUAAUAUCAAAUUUUUUAACAAAUUUUGGUUUUAAUGUACCAUAUGCAUUUACCGAGGAUUUAGCUAUGCAUGAUGGUAUCAAAAAAUCUCACGCAGAAUAUAUAACAAUGACAAUUGGUAUUGGUUCCAUUGCAGGACGAAUUAUUAUUGGUUUUCUCGGUGAUCGAAACAAUGUGAAUCGUUUAACAUUGUACAAUUUUACAUUAAUUAUUGUGGGUGUAGCUACCGUAUUAGAACCAUUAGUUAGUAAAAGUAAUCUUGUAUUACAUCUGAUCUAUGGUGCCACAUUCGGCUUUUUUACUGGUGGCUACAUAAGUCUGAUACCAACUGUCUUAGUUGAUUUAGCUGGUUUAGACAAAAUGUCAAAUGCCUUUGGUUUCGUUUUACUCGUACAAGGUAUUGCUAUCGCCAUUGGUUUACCAUUUGUUGGUUUCUUACGUGAAAAAAUUGGUACGUAUUUAGUGCCAUAUAUUAUUAUUGGUCUUGUUAUUGCACUAAGUGGUAUAAUGUUAUUUAUCAUACCAUUUUUGAAGAAGCCAUCAAAAUCAUUAUCGAUUACAAAAACAGAAAUAGUGGUUACUCCUACUGGAAAUAGUGAUAUUGAUUAUUGUAAAUCGAUACCAGUUUAG